GGGGCGCCGCGGCUCCGCCCCCAGGGCGCCGGUGCGGGGAGACCCACCUGAGGGCGCAUGCGCGCGGUCGCCCGGAGGCCUCGGGUCCCACUUGUGGGGCGCGCGGGGCGGCCGUCAGCCCCACGCCCUCGAGGCCGUCGCGUCCGGCCUUUCCGCCCUCCUCCACGUUCGGCUUCCGAGGCGCCUCCUCCCGGUGCCGAGCGCCGGGGGCCGCCCCGGUUCUGCGCUGGCCCCGUGGGACCCCGGCGGCCUCCUGCCCGGGGCUGGCGUCCCACGGCUCCCGGGCCCGGGGCUCCGGGUGCGCCGUCCGGCGUGGCGGCAGCAGCCACGCGUGGCUCAGCUCUGUGGGAAGGCAGUGGCCCUGGUGUCUGUAAGAAGAUGUCCUACGGAUCCAUCGCUGGCAGUGGUGGCCCGGGGAGCCAUGGCCCUUUUGGGGGACCCUCCAGGCAAGGCUAUCAGCCCCUAGAAUGCGCUGAAUGUCGGACCGAGUACGGAACCCGCCAUUUCCCCUGCCUGUCGCCAGAGAGCAGCCCGCAGGACCCCUGUGUGGGCCAGGACGGGGAAGGUGAUCUGGGGUCGGCAGGCAUGCCCAGAGGCCCGAGGGCCAGGAAGCGAGGGCCAGGGGUCACUCCUGAAGGCAGUGGGGCGCCGGGGCCCACCUCGCUGCCCGCUGCUGGCCCGAGGAAGGACUGCGCCCGUGGGGCCCGUGGCCGGCUGGCGGGGCCCAGUGCCACGCGGGCCAAGAAGAGGAAGCCCAACUUCUGCCCACAGGAGACGGAGGUCCUGGUGUCCAAGGUCAGCAAGCACCACCAGCUGCUGUUCGGCCCGGGGCUGCUGAAGGCCGAGCCGGCCCGCAGGUACUGUGUGUGGAGCUGCAUCCUGCAGGCCGUGAACGCCCUGGGCUACUGCCGCCGCGACAUCGUGGACCUCAAGCACAAGUGGCGGGACCUGCGUGCCGUCGUGCGGCGCAAACUGGGUGACCUGCAGCGUGUGGCCCACGGCCCCGGCGGGCCCCAGGCCCUGGCCCUCACGCCCGUGGAGCAGGCGGUGGCCAAGACCUUCUCCUGCCAGGCCCUGUCCCCCGAGGGCUUCGGCCCGGAGCCGCUCCCAGCCACCCAGGUGGACCCAGCUGACCUCCAGGAGCUGUUCCAGCAGACGUCGGCCAGCAUCUUCCGAAUCAACUCCAAUGUGACCUCCUUGGAGCAGAGCCUCCAGGCCCUGGGGACGCCGAAUGACAUGCAGGAGCUGAGGGAGAGCCUGCACACGGUGCAGCAGGAGACCAACAAGACCAUCGCGGCCAGCACCAGUGCCCUGAGGCAGAUGUCGGCGCUCCUGCGGGGCUGCUCCCGGCAGGAGUGUGUUCAGCUGGACCGCCUGAAAACUCAGCUCUCGGAUGCCAUUCAGCGCUACGGCGUGGUGCAGAAGAAAAUUGCAGAGAAGUCCAGAGCCCUGCUUCCCACGGCACAGCGGGGUGGCAAACAGCAGCAGAGUCCCCGGGCGCCUUUUGCUGAGCUGCCUGAUGAUGAAAAGAUCUUUAAUGGGGGUGACAGCAUGUGGCAGGGCCAGGAGCAGGCGCUGCUUCCGGAGAUCACAGAGGAGGACCUGGAGGCCAUCCGGCUGCGUGAGGAGGCCAUCCUGCAGAUUGAGAGUGACUUGUUGGAUGUCAAUCAGAUCAUCAAGGACUUGGCCUCCAUGGUGUCAGAGCAAGGGGAUGCCAUCGGGUCCGGCAGCAGCAACACGUCCCGGCAGAGCUCCAGCCCAGAGCCAGCCGUGGCGGCCCUGCUGCCCGGGCUGGGCUGUGCGCCCCUGCGGCGGGGCCUCCACUCCCGCACCAAGACGCGCAAGCCCAACUUCAGCCCCCAGGAGACGGAGGUGCUGGUGCAGAGGGUGGCACGCCACCACCCGCUGCUGUUCGGGGCGCUGCGGGGCACGCCCUCCCGGAAACACCGCGUGUGGAGCAAGAUCCUGCAGGCGGUGAAUGCGCUGGGCUACUGCCGGAGGGACCUGGGCGACCUCAAGCACAAGUGGAGGGACCUGCGAGGGGCGGUGCGCAAGAAACUGGCGGAGCGCCCGCGGGCCCCCGGCCUCAUCCUUACCCCUGUCGAGCGCAUGGUGGCCGAGACCUUCUCAGCCCCAGCCCCCCUAGGCGAGGGCCAGGCCGCCGAGCCCCUGCCAAGAGCUGCUGGAAGCCCCUUGGGGAUGAAGCCUGGAGCAGGACCAGCUCUCUCUCGAAGGCCACAGCGUGGACCACAGGACCCAGCCUGCACACAGAUAGUAUUGAAGCCAGCCUUGAGGCUGCGUCCUCGCACACAGAGGCGGCCAGCGAGCUCCUGGCUGGAGCCAGCCGGCACCAAUAUGAAAAGUCGGGGUGACGGAGGGUCAGCUGCACAUGAGAAUGGGCGAAUGCUGCACCGGGAGAAGAAACAGGCUGUGCCAAGGUCUCGUCUGCAGGAUGGGAGCAGAGGCAGGCUGACGUCUGUUCGGUGCUCACUGCCUGGCCCAUGGCCCCUGCCACCUUACAGCACACUGAGGGCAGCUAGGCCCUCCACCUGGGACCUCUCCACCAAGCUUGGUCCUCCCGGAGUGGAAGCGGACGAGGAGGAUGAGACCCCCAGCUGCCUCUGGCUACCCCUGCGGACCCUGGAAGGGCCGAGCCUGCCUGAACCUGACCCCUUGGACCUACGAGGAACUAUCCCUGCGCCUACCUCCUCGCCCUCCCCACCGGCCUCCCCAGCCUCCCUAGCCUCGGUGCCUCCUGCGGCUGCGUUCCCAGGGCCUCUUGGGCCCUCCCCACCCUCCACUGCACCACCCCCACCCCCUGGGAGGCCCGCGGGGGAGGCCUCCGAGUUUGAGCAGCGGUUGCUGGACUCCCAUCGGCGACAGGGUGCCCUGCUCUCCCACUGGUCCCAGCAGCAGAGCGCACUGAUGGCCCAGCAGAACCUGCUGCUGCAGAGGCUGGUGGAGCAGAGCCAGCGGCUGGCCGACGGCGUGGAGGCCCUCAACCGGACCCUCGAGAAGCUGGUGGAGGCCUGCCCAGGGCGGGGAUCCUCGCCCCCUGUUGUGGAUGGCACCCCUGCUGGCGGAGCGGCCUGUGGGCCCACCAGAGGCUCCCAGAUCAGCCCCCAGGGCCCCCACCCAGGCCUGGAGGUCUUCUCAGGGAUGAUCCUGAAGGUGGAGGAGGAGGUCUAGGGUCUGGCCCCCAGAGGACUGCACACAGCAGGGACUCCAGCCCUUCUGGGAGGUGGGCUGGGCGACAGCCGGGCAGAGUUGGGGCCUCGACGGAGCCAUCGAGGACAAAGGACACCCUCAUAGGCAUUGUCUGUGGGGCUCAGUGACAUGCAGGGAAAGGCUCUGGGGCCGGUCUGUGGGUCCUGGGCAGAAGUUACUCAGGGACGUUGUGGCUGGAGGAGGCGGACGGGCGCUGGCUGAGCCCAGCCUCCGCUCCCCAUUCCGUGCUCUCACCGGCUGCACUGAGUGCCUUGGAGGCCAGCCCGCCGGCACCUCCCUGUGGCUGUAUGCCUGGGGUGCCCCCUGGAAGCCUGCUCCUCCUGGAUGUGUGGGGUCUGCGGGCUGGGCUCCGGCACUUUCCUCGAUUCUGCCAAGGGCACCACAUCUCGUGGGCCUGCAGUCAUUUCUCCCAGUUUAGAUCUGUGGUGUGAUAGACACAUGGACGCGUAUGUGUGACUUGGUACUGUAUGGGGGGAUGCCAUUUUGUACCUCCUGAUUUUCUUGCAAAAAAAUUAUUUUUCUUAUAUAAGCAUAAAAUAAUGAAAAAGUCA